GUUGUACGAAAGCUUCUAGAAUGUGGUAUUGAAGUGGGGAGUAUAUUGCACAAGGGCCAAACACCGCUAUCCGUCGCAGCAAGCUGUGGGAACGCACCCGUCAUGAAAUUACUGCUCUCCCAGUCGGGAAUAGAUGUCAAUGCCCGGGACGCCGACGGUCAAACGCCCCUACUGAUUGCAGUGGAAAUGGGUCACGAAGAAGCAGUCAGGCUUCUACUCUCCCAUACAGGAGUGCAUGUGAAUGCCACGAAACACAGAAGCUCCAGAACACCCCUCAUUGUGGCUGCUGCAAUCGGGCAUGACAAGGUGGUCCGCCUCCUUCUAGACCACCCAGACAUCAACGUCAACCCCAGGACAGGCUACGGCAGCACACCACUGAAUUGUGCGGUAACGUACAGACACGAGGCAGUUGCGAGGAUGCUGGUAAUGGAUGAGCGGGUGGACGUAAAC